CCGCCGAGAUGUCACGUCUUGACAAUAAGAUAUGGCUCUGGUGCCUUCUAGCUCUUCACGUAGGAUCUGUGUGGGGAACAGCUCGACCAGUUACAGUGAGAACACCACCUAGCAAUCCUUCCACAAUCGAAGCUCAAGCUAAAUUCUUCCAGGAUUUUUUCUCAGUACAGUUGAGUCCGUACAAGAUAGAGUUCGGUCACGUCUGCGAGGAUCCUAACACAUGGGAGCAACGUUACGAGAAGAAAGACUUUAAGAACCACAGGGACAUGGGAAAAGUUCGUUGGGGUGAUAAAAAGGGAGGAUAUGGUGAACAUUACUGGGAUCUGAACCAUGCAGGUAAUGCUGACAACAUUGGAGACGAUGGUGAUGACGGAUCCUACAGAGACUCGCACAAUGAUGAUCCCUACGAUGAACCAAGUAAUAACGCACCAACCUACGGUGAAGAAGAAUAUGACCCAGAAAGGUCAAGCUACGAAGAAACUGGACGAGCUAAACGAGCCCACCCAAAAGUAGAUAGAGCACGUAAAUCAGAAAGGAAACAUCCAAAAUCAUACCAAUCUGAAUCUACAGAGGAACCAGCACCCAAAAAACAAAACAACAGAGAACGCAACAAUAACAAUAGAGAGCAAGAAGCAGCUGAAACUUCUCAUGAAGAAGAGUUUGAAGAUGAAGAAGAAGAGGAAAAAACUUAUGAGAAACCAAAACCAAAGAGACAACAGUAUAGAAAGAAAGAAGAUGAUAAUAAGCAAAAAGAAAAGAAUCAAAUAGUAUUAGUAGUAAGUCAUAAGGACGAUGAAGAUCAACAGCAAAAUCAGUUUGUACCCACAACUCAACCAGAUCAUUCAUUGUACUUGAAUCAACAGCAGCCAGACUUGACACAGUACUUACCACAGCCUCAGCAGCUGCCUCAGUACUUGCCCCAAGCUCCACAAGUGCCUAAACAACAUUUAGAACCACCUCACUUCGUUCCUUACGAAGGUGGAGCAGGAGUAAGGCAGCAUCAUCAACCAGACGUGACUGCAGCAUCCACCGUCCCAAGACUUUUCUUAGAACCUUCGACUGGUCACGUAGUAGACAGAGCCACGGGGCAAGCUUACGUGUUGCAGCCAAUAGCACCGCAUAAUAAUUACAAUUAGAAAGU